AUGGAGGAUGAGUCCUCUCCGGCGACCUCCGAGGCCAGCGGCGACUCCGAGGCCGAUUCCGUUUUCAUAAUUCCGUCGACGGCUUUCGAGUUUUAUGACGAUGACGAUGCCGAGUCCUCGAGUGGUGGCUGCGAGGACGAGAACGAUGGCGACCGAAGAGAUGAAAGAUGGAUGUCUUGGAGGAGUUGGUUGCUAGAGAAUGCCUCCCUGCAGAGCGAGCAUAUGGAGUAUGACGAUGAGCAAAGAGAGGAUGGGUUAUCUACUCAAGAUAUAGAAAAGGAUGGAACGAUGCCGAGGGUGGAGAAGGAGUCCAUGGCGAAGGAGGAGGGGGAGAGCAAUAGGCUUUUCUGGGAAGCUUGCCUUGCUGAUGAGUAUCCAUGA